GCUCUCUGUGUUGUUUCACCACAGCUGCUGUCAUGUGAUAGCUGUUCUGCUGGUCACAGUGGCUUCCUUCUACCUUUCGGAUGAGGCCGGGCUAAAUCACCCAGAGGACGCAUUUUAUGAUUGUCUCGAAGGAUAAACGUUUGAGACGGAGACCAGGGAAGCUGUGACUGUGUAGCUCCGGCCAUUGGACGCUGCCAUGGGCUGUUGUUGCAGCAACGAGGGCGAGCCCACAGAGCCACUAAUCCCUAAUGCCAUCCCCCACCCCAACCCGGUCAGCAAACCUCCAAAUGGGACCGACUGGAUCACCACCAAUGUCCCCUCUGCGCGUACAGAUGAACAGGCUCUUCUCACAUCAAUUCUUCACAAGACGGCACAGAAUAUUAUAGACGUGUCAGCAGCUGACUCGGUCAUGAUGGAGCAGCAUGAGUACAUGGACAAGGCUCGGCAGUACAGCACAAAGCUGGCCAUGUUGAGCAACACUCUAUCCCAGAAGAAACCCCUCACGCUGCCGUCCCUCACCAGUCAGCCCCACCAAGUGUGAAUUGCUCAAAUAACCCCAACUCCCCCACUGUGUUUGCAGGUGGCCAAGAUAGCAGCGUACGCUUACAGUGCAAUCUCUCAAAUCAAAGUGGAUGCUAAGGAAGAACUGGUGGUGCAGUUUGCCAUUCCUUGAUUCGACAGCUCGGCCACAAAUGUAACUCCUCCCAUCCUGCUCCCCUCUCUGUGUCACUGCUGCCUCCUCACUCUUCUACAUCCUGGUCCCUUUAGCUAUGCCUCUAAAGACAGACAACACUGUAAGAUGAUGGCACAGUACGACCGACCAUUACUGCUCUUCAACAUGGGUAAUGGAAGAAGGUGUAAUGUAGACGGGGCCAUGUUCUCUGCUCAUAUUUGCACCCACAAGGCCGCCAACUGUUUGUCAUGUGUUGAUCUGAGGAAGUCUCAGAACCGACUGUGGAUGGGGAAAGAAAAAAAAAUCCCUGUUAAUCAUCUGUCGGAUUGUGCUCAUGUUUUUAAAGGACUGUCUCUGUGUCUAUUUGUUAUCGUCUCUUGCCUGUACCGAGAAAGGUGACGCUAACUUCACACCGCUGACUGUUAUUUAUAAGUCAUGGAACAAUGCACUGUAUCUUCAUCCUGGACAGAGCUGCGGGGGUGUUAAAAUACAAUCAGCACUUGAAUAAGAGGAAUGGUUAUUAUAUAUUGAGUGUAACAAUGGGAAUUGUCAUGGUUUCAGUGGUGCAACGCUUUGAUUAAAUUUUUUUUUUUCUUCCCCCACCCGCCACAUGAAACAUGAGCUCAAAAUGUGCUCUCGGUUUGUUUGAAACUGCUCCAUUGUCCUGAGGCCUCACCAUGUUAAUUUCUCAGUAUUUCUUCAUUCAUAGCAAGAAAAAAAAA